AUGUACCAGUCUGGCUUUGUGCCGCGGGAGUAUUACCCAGCUGUGAUCCCACCUUCUGCCUACACCUACCCACCGCUGAGGACUGGGAGAGUAGAAGACAUGACCAGCUCUGUGAUGUUUCCUCCCAUCCAGGUGCACAACUUCUAUAGCCGACCCAUCACCUUUGUGGUGGACCGGAAUGGCUACCCUGACUAUGUGGGAGGUCAGGUGGAUUAUCAUCUCUACAGUGCUUCCAAUCCCUACUACCGUCCGUACUACACCUGGAACUUCCCUCCUGUGGUCCCCAUCCCUCUCUACAAUCCCUAUGCAAACUACAAUCCCUACGCCGCCUACCAGAGGUCAGAUCAGUAUCGAGACACGUGGCCAGAAGGCUUCACGAUGAGGGGGGAGCUUCAAUGGGGGAAGCUCGGAAAGGUGUUUGGACCAAGGAAAGACCUCCCAGAAUUUGUGAAGGAUGAUCUCCGGAGGGUUUAUGGCACCUACCCACGGACCAACGUCUCCAUAACCUACCGAAAAGGCGAGUUCUUGGUCAAGGGAGACCCCAAGGUAGGAGAGCAGGAAUAUGCAGUGGAAAAAAAAGUCAUCCAGCAGGCUGUGACCCCCAGUGCUAGCGAGGCAGAUGACAGCAGUGAGGACCGGAACCACAUUGGCCAUAAAAACAAAACCCUGUGCUCACCAGAAAGAGGAAAUGUAAAAGAUGCAGGAAUCGGACUGUCAGUUGUAUGCACUGAACGUUUUGAAAAGAAAAUAUCUUCUCCAAAGAAGGUCAGAAGAAAAAAGAUGCCAGACCAAACACCAAACACAAGUCCUGUGAUUGAUGCCUUUCUGAGAGGAAUUAAGGAGAAAAAGGACAGUCUAAACAUUUUAGAGAAUGGCAGAGCAUGCAAGGCACUGGAUUCGUUGAGGUCUGAAUUUGUAAAAAAUAUUCUUUUAAAGUCUACUUGUGGUGAUGUUCUGCAACUAAUGGAGGCUGCUGCUUUACCUAGAUACGACUCUGCUCUUUCAGAGGAAUACCUCAACUCAAGAGAGUUAAAAGUUGAAAGCGCGUGUACAGACAAGUCCAAGUUGAAUGGAAAAUCAAAAAGCAGCUUUGAUAGUGAAGAUGAGAAUUUGGAAUACAGUCUAGAUGAUGAUGAUGACGAUGAUGAAGUAGUAUUCAUGCCACUGCAAGAAAUUCUCUCUUCCAGUCCCAAGCUGCAGGAAGGAGCCCUGGAAGAAUCUUGUCUUGACGGUUCUUUGCAGGACACCAUGACUCCAUCAGUGAAGCUUCAUCUUUCUAAGCCUCCUGUUGUUAGCCAGGUGUCAUAUGUGAACAGCUUGGAACAUCUCUUGAAGGAGAAAGAAGAAUCUAAAAGGGUAGAUGAAUUAGAAAAGCGGUUACAGGAAGACAUACAAAAAAGGGAAAUUGAUUCUUCUGAUGGAGAAGAUGAGGAGAAUGCCAGUGGAGAUGAAGAUCUCUCAGAAGAGCACAGGGCAUUUAUAAAGAAAUUCUCAGUAAUAGCUCAUGCCAUACCUGACUACCACCCUGGAGAAGAUAUAUUUGAUUUAUCAACCUCUGGGAAAGUCUUCAAUCAACAUAACCUUGACUUAAGGAAUUUUCAUUUUGUCCCUCAGAAUCCUAUAGAAAAGCUCCUUCUUAGUUCUGGUGUAACACAGCAGCUUUCUUUAGCUAUUAAUGGUUUUCUGAGUUCUGCUUACAGUUGUAUCUUGUGUCCCAUACCAAUUCUAAAGUGGCUUUUCCAGAUGAUGUCUGUUCAUCCUGACUAUUGUGUUUCCACCCAGAUUUUAGACAGAUUGAUGGAGAUAACACUAAAAAAUGCUUCCAUCAGUGAUGAACAGUCUAAACCGUGGAUUCCUUCGCUAGCUGAUGUGUCAGCUGUUUUUGUCAAUAUGGGUGUUGCGUUUAGAUCUCUUUUUCCAUUGCAGCAUCUUCAGCCCAACUUUAACGAGUGUGAUAUUUUAAGUCAGAUGCAAGAAACAGUGAGCAAACAACAUCCAAAAGGAGACCUAACCUCUGCCAGUCCAGCCUUCUCCAAUCUACCAGAAAACAAUUUGAUAAAUGUGAUUAAGUUUCUAGGUUUCUGUACAACAGUAAUUCAAGGUGGAUAUACUGAUCAAGAAAUAUUGCUGCUGCUUCUAUUGCUAUUUAAAAUAAGCUUGGAGAAACAGUUAAAACAAAUUCCUUUGAUAGAUUUUCAGUGCCUUUUCAUAAAGCUUCUGAAAAAUAUAAAAGAAUGGGAUACAAAGAUGCCUGAGCUCUGCCUGGCGGUGAGUGAACUCUCCAGUCAUCAUCAUAAUCUCCUGUGGCUGGUUCAGCUGGUCCCUAGCUGGAUAGUACGUGGACGGGAAGUAAGAAGACGUCUUAGCCUAGUGAUUAUUUCAAAGCUGCUUAAUAAAAAGCAUAUAGGAAUACCUGAUGACAGUGACAAGCAGAUGUCUCUUCUGCAUCAAUAUCUGGUGUAUAUGAAACCUUCUAAUCUACUAAAGAAGAUGAGAGAAGGACUGGAGCAGCAGAAUGCCAAUGGAGACCACCUUCAUACAGAACUAGAACAGGAGGCAUACUACCUAAUCUACAUCCUCCUUCAUCUAGUCAGUGAAGCUAGUUUCUUUGAUGUUGUAAAUUCUAAUCAAAGGCAACACUUACUGAAGCUUUGUGGUGCCUUAGAUAAGCACAUAAAAUGUGAUAUUAGGGAAGAUGCAAGGCUGUUUUAUCGAACUAAGGUUAAAGAUUUGGUUGCUAGGAUAUAUGGGAAAUGGCAAGAUAUGAUACAAACCACUCGACCUACUCAGGGAAAACUGCAUGACUUUUGGGAGCCAGAUUCAUGA